GAUGAAGAUACACACAGCGUUGUGCUCUACAUGGUUUACUCUGAAAAGUACUUGAAGAAAACGACAGAGGAUGGGUCACGCUUCCAGCAGGUGCAGAAGAGAAGGGAACAAUUCACCUUUUUGUAAUGGGCGCGUUUCGAGUUCCCAGCUUUUAUUUUGAAAGUGUGAACCGGACCUGCCGUGUCGGCUGCUCUGAGUCACAGUGAACUGUCUGCAGCUGUUCUACGUGUCCGAGGUCGCCCUCCGCCAAGAUGUCUGCGGUAAUGAGAUGUUGUUCUCUGGUCGUGUACGCGCUGUGUCUGCCUCUCCACCUGAUGCACGCCCUCGGCCUGUUGGGAAUCUACAAACGCGUCUUCCCGUUCUGCGUGCACCGGAUCUCUGUGACGUACAACAAGAAAAUGCACGAAAAGAAGAAGGAGCUGUUCCGCAGCCUGCCGGAGUUCAGCGGCUCCGACCGUCCGCUCACCAUCCUGGAGAUCGGCUGCGGCACCGGGACUAACUUUGAGUUUUACCCGCCCGGCAGCAGAGUGAUCUGCACCGACCCCAACCCUCACUUCCAGAAGUACCUGAAGGAAAACAUGAGCGCCAACGAGCACCUCACGUACGAGAGGUUCCUGGUGGCGUCGGGGGAGGACAUGGGGUCAAUCGAGGACGAGUCGGUGGAUGUGGUUGUCUGCACCCUGGUGCUGUGCUCUGUCAACAGCGUACCGCAAACCCUGCGGGAGACCCACCGCAUGCUGAGGCCUGGUGGAGCCUUCUUUUUCAUGGAGCAUGUGGUCGCAGACGCCUCGACCUGGACAUACUUCUUCCAGCACGUUUUUCAGCCUGUGUUGUGCUACUUAUUUGAUGGAUGCAACGUCAACCGGACAACAUGGAAACAUCUGGAGGCGGCUGAAUUCUCUGAGCUCAAACUCAGACACAUUGAAGCUCCACUCAUCUUUUUAAUCAAACCACACAUCAUAGGCUACGCUGUUAAAUAGAUUCUGUCUGAUCAGCUUCAUAGUGAUCCUGCCUCACAACCACCAUAUGACUAGGCCAACCCUAUAAUGCCUGUCCUCAACUAUAGUGUGUGAUAUGAUCCCAGUGACAGAGAGAAUGGCAGUCAAUUUGACUGAUUUUAUUUUUGCACUAAAUGUUGCACUAAAUUGGUUUAUUUGCUUUAAGUCUUGCGCAAAAAACAAAUUUCAACCAAACUUUGUGGAGGGAUGGGGUCUGAGUAGAACCCAAUAAAUCUUGAUGCGUUAUUUGGAUUUAAGGGCAGAUAAAUCUUCUCUGCAACAUAUGCCACUAUUCAACUUUUGUGUGUGAGGGGAGAUCAUGAUUCGCAUUAUAACAGAUGUGUUUUUGCUGUUGCGUUGCUAAGUUACAAGUGUUAUCUGUCAAGAGAGCCAUUAAGUCAGGGAGUGUGAGCUAAUGUUAGAAGUGGAAUGUUCUGGUGAGGACAUAACUCUUUGACUUGGUCGAGAUGACCUGGCUUGUAUUAGCAUUUAUGAAGUUUAACCAUCAUUUUCAGGGGGGAAGUGUUUUGGAUGCAGGAAAAUGGUCAGAUUAUGCUAAUCGGGGUUAGAUAUAAGAGAGGAAACAUUCUGUGUUAGAGUGAGAAUAUUACUUAAACAUGUAUCCGUGGCAAGUGAAGUGAAGAGAGGUAUUUUCCCUCACAAAGAUAUAGUGUGUCAUAAAAAUCAGACACAUCCAGUGGGCUGACAUGUAUGAGUGUAUAUAAUUUGGUGCGGCUGAAAAAAUCUGAAUUUAGAAGAUUUUGUUAUUUUUAUAAGGGGGGGGGGGUCUAUUUUAAGCCAUAUAACACAGUGUUAAGUUUAUAUCUCUCCAGCAGAUAAACAUUCAGAGUCACGUGUUUAAUUGGUUUUCCUGUCCACUGAUUUUGACUAUGUUUCUAUGUUUUAUGACAAAUAUAUCAUUAAGGUUAUCAGUCCUUUUUUCCUUAAUUUCUACUUAAAGAACGAGUGUUAUGCAAAGACAUGACUUUAAGGCACUGAAUUACAUAGCUCACAAUACUAAUUUUGAUUGCAGUAUAAGUAUAAGAAAAUAUAUAUCUUGAAAUAAAUCUUUUUUAAUCUUCUAUGCUCAUCAUUUCUGCUGAUAAAUCAGUCUUAUGCUGCCUCGGUGAACGUCUCUCUGUUAGUGUUUAUCUCUGCUACUGCUGGAUUUACUGCCUUAAUGAUGUGACAGUGGUGCCUCUGAUAUAUACAUUUUGCUGUGACUAAAGUGGUUGUCGUGUCUAAAUGUUAUGUAUUAAAUCUUUCAACCCAGA